AUGGCCUCCAACUCAAAUGGCGCCUACGCCGCCUCCAUUGCGGGCGACAACAAGCGAGCAGAAGUGUCCAUGUUGAUGGCGCAGCUUCGCGCCGACCUAGACGAUUCGAGUCUCCUGCCGCACCAGCGCAAUGCCGCCCUCGAACAGAUCAAGAUUUACGGCCGCGACGUCCGCGACGCCGACCCCAUCUUCACGCCCGAUGGCAUCGAUACGCUGGCGCAACACGGCUUCUACAGCUCCUCCACCGUCACCUCGCGCGAAGCCAUGCGCUGCCUGGCCAACGCGCUGCUCCUACAACCACAGUGCCGACAGAUCCUGGUGGACAAGGGGCACGCGGAGAAGGUGGCCGAGAAGCUUAAGGUCUGUAUGACAUCGACCAAGAAGCUGGUCGGCGCGACUGAAUCUGCGCAGAGCGACAACGCGGACGAUGAGUUCCUUACGUCGCGCAUUCUGUUCCUCCUAACCUACGACACAAAUUUGGACUUUGAUCCCUUGGUCAGGGAAAAGGGAUUGGGUGACGCAAUCACGCAGAGCAUUUACCGGCACUCCAAGCGGUACUCGAAAAAUGGCAAGAAGCAGAACUCGUCGCCAAUGGAUGACAUGGCUCUUUCCGAAACCCUGAAGCUCGUAUUCAAUUUAACGCACUUCUAUCCGGAUUUCACCGACAUUUUCUCCAAGUCCGUUCCCGACCUCCUCAAGAUCCUCUCCCGAGCGCCCGUUCCCGAUCCUCCGCUCCAGCAGCCGAUUUGCUACCUCAUCAAUGCGCUUCUGAACCUUAAUCUGGACGACAAGAAGUCCAACGUCUUUCCGAAAUGGGACCAAAAUACCAACGCCGCUCACCUCAUCGAGCUCCUCGACAAGUCCAUCAUUGCGUACACGGAGACUGAGCUGGACCAAACAGCGGCUCCUUUGGUUACCCUUAUCCGGCGCAUCUACGAAUUUGCUCCGGAUAGCGUCAAAAAGUACAUGCAAUGGCUCCUUUUGCCGACGGAGGAUGAUCGGAAGAAGCCACUCGGACAUACAGACACUCUGUCAUCUCGCCUCCUGAAUCUGUCGACAGCAGCCAUGUUGCCCAAUUUGCGGAGCCAAAUCUCGUCAAUGUUGUUCGAACUCUCAGAUAAGGAUGCAUCGACGUUCGUUCACAAUGUCGGUUACGGGUUUGCGUCGGGCUUUCUCCUCAGUCACAACAUCGCUAUUCCGGAGAAUGCCAUGGAGGCUUUCGCCAAUGGGAACGGGACUACGGAAGAUGCCGACGAGGAGGAGAAGGAUAAAGCCAAGGAAAAGGCUAAAGCAUUCAAUCCCAUCACGGGCCAAAGAUGGGAUGCCGAGGAGGUCAAGGACACGGGUCCUCCCAUGACCGACGCAGAAAAGGAGAGGGAAGCCGAAAGGCUCUUCGUAUUGUUUGAAAGACUCAAAGCCACGGGCGUUGUCAAUGUCAAGAAUCCGGUCGAAGAAGCCAUCCAAUCAGGACGGAUCGAGGAGCUCUCCGAUAGCGACGAGCCUCCGUCUCCUGACUAG